CAAACUUUCAAACAUAAGCCACAAACGACACGUCGGUGACUCACCCGGCAAAGAAAGUCACCUGGCUACCUGUCUUCGAUUCUCGAAACGGUCUGUUCUCGUCUUCACCAUUCACUUCUUCUCUCUACAUUCACCUUUCUUAAUCCCCCCUCUUUCUCUUUAAGCAAACAAACUAAGACCUAAUUUCAAGUUUCAAUCAAUUAUAGCAAGUAAAGCUAUUCAAUCACCUGAUCAAUCGAAUUAAUUCACUGUUUGUGGAUCGAUCUAGAAACCCCGCUGUUAUUUUGUCAGAAUUCUGGUGUAUUGACUUUGAUUGCAUGAAAAGAAAUCGAAUUGGCGGGUAAAGAAGAGGGUUUUUGUUGGUUUGAUUGGGAUUUCAUUGAUUUUGAGUUCAAGAUUUGAUUAAUCUUUUUGGGUUUUGAAAUUGAGGCUUUUUUUGAGCUUGAUUGGUUUUUGGUCAAGUGGGUUUGUGAAAUUAGGUUUUUUUGGUUGGGGGUGAAUUGAGAGAAUGGAUUCGAGUCGAAGAGCUGUGGAGUCGUAUUGGAGAUCGAGGAUGAUCGAUGGUGCCACGUCUGAUGAAGACAAGGUGACGCCUGUGUAUAAAUUGGAAGAGAUUUGUGAGCUUUUGAGAUCAGCUCAUGUGAGUAUUGUUAAGGAGGUCUCUGGGUUUAUCUUGAAGAGGCUUGAGCAUAAGAGCCCCGUUGUUAAACAGAAGGCGCUGAGAUUGAUUAAAUAUGCAGUGGGAAAGUCUGGUGUGGAGUUCAGGAGGGAAAUGCAAAGACAUUCAGCGGCAGUUCGUCAGUUGUUUCAUUACAAGGGGCAGUUGGAUCCAUUGAAGGGGGAUGCCCUGAAUAAGGCUGUGCGGGAUACUGCUCAUGAAACUAUAUCUGCUAUAUUCUCUGAAGAAAACAAGCCUGCCCCUGCGCCUGCUGAGGAUCUUAACAAACGAAUUCAAGGAUUUGGGAAUACCAACUUUGACAUGCCAUCAGAAGAUAAGAAAUCAUUUCUUAGUGAGGUAGUAGGUAUUGGAAGUGCAUCUAUCAAGCAGGGGAUAACUAAUUUCACUCAAGGCCAUUCACUGAAAAAGAAUGAUAAUGGAAGUUAUAGAAGUCCUAAUCUUCGAAGGUCAUUGACAAUAGAGAAUGAAUAUCAAGACAAAUAUGAUCCAGUUGAAUUGCACAAUGAAAGUCAAGCUGGUUUUGGAAUUUCAAAAAACGUGAGUGGACCUUGGAACCAGGAAUCAAGAGUAAUGAAGGAGGAUAGGUUGAAUGGGGACUCCAGUUCAAGUUAUACUGAGAGCAAAACUCGUGAAGAGAAGAUGUUGGAGACCAUUGUGACAUCUGGUGGUGUACGCCUCCAACCAACUCGAGAUGCCAUUCAGGUUUUCCUUGUGGAGGCUGCAAAGUUGGAUGCAUUGGCUUUGAGUCGGGCCCUUGAAUUGAAGCUUCAGUCUCCAUUGUGGCAGGUCCGAAUGAAAGCUGUUUGUGUGCUUGAGUCAAUUUUGAGGAGAAAGGAUGAUGAAAAAUUUCUAAUUAUAGCUUCAUACUUCAGUGAGAAUAAAGAUGCUGUGAUUGGAUGUUCAGAAUCACCUCAAACUUCUCUUAGGGAAAAGGCUAAUAAGGUGUUGAGCCUUCUUGGUGGAGAGCCAGCAGGAGGUUUGGUGGGUGGUUCAGAUAGGUCAGUGAAGGCUGAGACCCCUGCUGCUGUUCAGAUGCCUGACUUAAUAGAUACAGGUUAUUCAGAUGAUUACAAUGGAACAGAUAAUUCUACAAAGAAUCCCAGUGAUCAAGGCAUUGCAAAUCUGACAUCUCCAGCCCCUCUAAUUGAUGAUCUCUUUGGAGACAGUUCAGGUGCUGGUGCGAGCACCAGUGAACAAAAUAAUGAUGAUGACCCGUUUGCAGAUGUCUCGUUUCACACCAAUGAGGGUCGAGAGAAUGCAGAGGAUCUCUUUUCUGGGAUGACUGUUGAUGAUAAGCCAGGUGUUAAUGAAAAUCUUGGCAUAGCCGAUAAAAAUGGGCCUGAACUAUUUGAUAUCUUUGGCUCAAACUCUGAAGUUCUGUCAAAGCAAGAAAAUCAGAAAAAUGAUGUUAAUGACUUAAUGGCUGGCUUGUCCAUUGAGGAAAACCUGUCGAAUUCGGAUCAGAAAGGAGCUUCAUCUGUGGCACCAUCUGAACAUAUCUUUUCAGAUCCGAGCAGCAAAUCUAGCAAUCAGACCUCUGGCAAUUCAUUUAGCAACCUACUUGGUACCCAAACAGCUGGGAUGAGUGCAAAUCCAGCGCUUCCCUUUGGUGCUAUGCCAUAUAACAUUCCUCCUGCCAUGAUGUUCAAUCCAGCUAUUGCUUCUCAUCCAAUAAAUUAUGGUGCCAUGGGGAGUUUAUUUGCUCAGCAACAGUUCCUUGCUACAAUGUCCAACUUUCAACAGCUUGGUAACCUGAACGCUCAAAAUGCUGGUGGCAGUAAUGUGAUGGGAACUAAUGGAGGCUAUCCUUCACCGCUUCCUGAUAUAUUCCAACCGAAUUUUGCAGCUCCAACUCCUAGUCCAAUGAACAGUUCGAAGAAAGAGGAAACCAGAGCAUUCGAUUUUAUCUCUGACCAUCUUGCUUCAGCUCGUGAUCCAAAGAGAGUUUCUUAAAUUUUGGGCGAAAUUGUUACUGAAGAGGCUUAUUUAUACGAGGCAAGUAGAUCAAAAGCAAGUUGUUUAUCAUACACCAAAGAUGGUUCUACAUUUUUUUGCAAUAAUGGAGGGAGGUAUGGCUGAAAGAGCACGGAGUAGAAUUAGCUUAUUUUAUUGUUUGUAUUUGAGUUGGAAGAAGAAUGAGACAUUUCUGG